UUUUGCUCCCUCAGGUCCAGCCCCUGCACCUCCUCAGCCCCAUGCCCGGCCCCGAUCCCCCUACAGCAGCUCCACCCUGGACCCCUCAACCAGCCUCGCCCCCCCCUGCCUCCCCAGGCUCUCCUCCUAACCCAUGCCUUCCAGAUCCAACAACCCAGAUCCCUUCAUCCCCAACCUGUUCCCCAGGUCGCUCACCAGCCCGUGCCUGCUCCCCAACGGUGUCCUGCGGGCCCCUGUGGCGUCCCUGCCCCUGCCGUGCUGAUAGCUGCUGCCCCCGAGCGUCUGGGCCCCCCAGAGACCGGCCAUCGCAUCACCCUGGGCAGCCAGACUCUUGGGGGCCUUAACCCCCAGUCCGGAGUCCCGCUGCUGACAAACGACCGCCCUCUGUCCCUGGAGCCACAGGUGUUAGUUGUGGUCAACCGGCCGGCCACUCAACCUCCCCUCCCCAUCCCAGCUCUCGCUGUUCCCCUGAACCCUAACCCCAUAGUCCCAGCCCCUGUCGUCCCAGUCGUCCCCAGGACAGUGGAGGAGAGGGCAGGUCCCUCAGACCAACAGGAAGUCCAGGGACCAGAGACACCUCAGCUCCAGCCCCACGUUAGAGCACUGGUCAGAGGAGUGGUGGAUCUGUUUCCUGAUGUCCAGGAGAACUAUGUAGCAGAACUGAUCCAGACCAAUGACCUGAAAGACCUCAAUGUUAUCUGUAACAUGUUGCUGGAGAACCAACUCACAGGUAGGGACUGUGAACCCUGUGUGUUAGCUAGGGAUGGGCCUCGGGUUAUUCAGAGCACGUGA